ACUCGCCUCUGUUCUGAGUCCUGACUUCUGACCCUCCUCGGGCAUACGUCCCUCCCUGCAAAUCGGGCACUCAGACCAAGAUCACCGCCGUCUCCUUCCCAUGGGUUUGCCGGAAAUCGUAGAUUUCGCGCGCAAUUUUGCCGUCAUGGUCAGAGUUAAAGGCCCUGAUCCAAAGGGCCUCAAAAUGCGAAACCACGCUUUCCACCAUUACCACUCUGGGACGACGACCAUUUCGGCGUCGGGAAUGUUAUUGCCGGACACCCUUUACCACUCUGGUGUUGCUAAGCAACUUUUUGGCGGCCGUGGAGACGGUGGAGGCGGUGGGGGUGGCAGCCAACGUUCUCCUGUUCUCGUGGUUACUGUUGCUUCCAUUGUUGAGCCUUUUCUCUCUUUGGAGCACAGAAAGGGCCUUGCCCAGGGCAGGCAUCAGUUGAUUCCUGGGGUUCAGAUUGAUAUUAUGGUAGAGGAUGAAAUGAGGUUGGAGAAAGAAUCUCGGGAUUCGGAUAAAGCACAUCCCUGCUGGUUUGCAGCACAGCUUUUAACACUGAUUGACGUUCCUGCAUCUGCUGCUGCAAUCCAAUCACUUAUUGAAGCUUCUUUAAGCUCCCCCGAUCAUGGAUGGGAGGUCGGUUGGUCUUUAGCCUCACAUAGUAAUGCUCCUCAGGCCCAGGUGGACUUUGGAGUCAGAGAAUUGGGGAAUUUAACUCUCACAGGCAAGUCAAAUACAAGAAUCGCCAUUCUUGGAGUAUCCCUAAUUGCCAAGGACAUGCCAAAUAUAACCAUAUCACCCUCCAAUCAAAGGGGGGACUUUCUUGUGGCUGUGGGUUCUCCUUUUGGUAUCUUGUCAACUGUGCACUUCUUUAACAGUAUAUCAGUGGGAUCCAUUGCCAACUGUUAUCCUCCUAAUUCAUCUUCUAGUUCAUUGCUGAUGGCAGACAUACGCUGUCUUCCUGGAGUGGAAGGUGGUCCAGUUUUGAGUGAGCAGGCACAACUUAUUGGUAUGUUGAUUAGACCGUUGAGGCAGAAGACUAGUGGGGCUGAGAUUCAGCUGGUGAUUUCAUGGGAAGCCAUUGCAACUGCCUGCAGUGACUUGCUGCGGAAGGAGCCCCAUUAUGCAGAAAAAGGGAUUUCUGUUGACAAGGGAACCUCAGAUGAUGUAGGGAGGCCAAUUUUAGCUGAGAGCCACGGUUCAAAUGGAGCCAUAACACAUAUUCAGGAAUGCAUUUAUUCUAGUUGCUCCUCCCCGUCACCAGUUGAGAAGGCAAUGGGUUCUGUUUGUCUUAUAAACAUUGAUGAUGGAGCAUGGGCAUCAGGUGUCUUUCUAAACAAGCAAGGUCUCAUACUCACAAAUGCUCACCUGUUAGAACCAUGGAGAUUUGGUAAAAGAACUGCAAGUGAUGGAAAGCAUGGAUCCAUUUCUGAGGCAUCAUCUCCUAGGCAUAGUGGACUAUAUGGCAAGCAAAAGAGUGAAGGUUGUCCCCCAAUGGUUCACAAUAAUGCAGAUCCCUCAGUUGGCGAUGAACAUGGAGGAUAUGUAUUGAGUUCUUACAGAGGUCAGAGAAGGAUACGUGUACGCCUAGAUCAUAGAGACCCUUGGAUUUGGUGUGAUGCUAAAGUAGUGUAUGUUUGCAAGGGACAUGUGGAUGUUGCCUUGUUGCAACUCAAGUACAUCACUGAUCAGCUUUCUCCAAUUGUCAUGGAUUUUAUGUCGCCAUCUGUAGGAUCAAAGGCAUAUGUUAUUGGACAUGGACUAUUAGGACCGAGAUGCGGAUUCUCCCCGUCAAUUUGUUCUGGUGUUGUCGCAAAAGUUUUAAAGUCAAAAUUUCCGCACUCAUAUCAAACAAACCAACCAGGAAGUACUCAAGGAGAUCUUCCUGCAAUGCUUGAAACAACAGCUGCUGUCCAUCCUGGUGGUAGUGGUGGCGCUGUCAUUAAUUCAGAGGGUCAUAUGAUUGGACUUGUUACAAGUAAUGCAAGGCAUGGUGGAGGAACAAUUAUACCACAUCUGAACUUCAGCAUUCCAUGUGCUGCUCUCCUGCCAAUCUUCAAGUUCUCAAAAGACAUGCAGGAUCCUUCACUUCUCCAAGUUCUUGACCAACCAAACGAAUAUCUUUCUUCUGUAUGGGCGUUGAUGCCACCUCUGUCUCCCAAGCCCCCUCCUUUGCCGCCUCAUAUUCCAGAGUCAUUACUAAAAGAUAACAACAAAGAAGCAAAAGGCUCACGUUUUGCAAGAUUUGUCGCCGAAAGAAAAGAUGUGUUUGAAAACCCAAACCAACUUGGCAAGGAAAGAAGACUUCCUAACAACAUUGUUCCUAGCAAGUUAUGACGUGCGAGUAUCCUGCAUUUUUCUCAUACCGAACUAAAGGGCGUCAUCUGUACAAAACCGAGAUCAGGUUUUGGUGCCUCUCGUACUGUUUGCCGUGCUUCACUGACUUCACAGAUAGGGGAAUAACUUCACGGUUGGCAGAAUGUUUUAGUUAGGGAUUGAUUUUUUUGAACUUUAUAGGAAAAGCAUUGUGCAAUGCCAAAUAAUGUUCUCUGUUCCGAACAAGAGUCUUAUAUCGACUGUAAUGUAGUAUAUCAUAUGCGCAAUAUGAAUUUGUUGCAACUUGCAGUGAAGCCACACGAUUUAUCUGUAUUUGUACCUUAUUUUGAGUCGGAUCAGACUUUGUUGUUGUA